ACCGGAGACGGCCGGCGUUACGGCGCGAGCGUGGUCACGUGGCCGCUGGUCACCGCCGCCACCCCCUCCCGCCCUGUUCUCUUUCAGGUCGGGCCGGGCCCGGCAGGUUCCGCGAGCUCCCGGCAGACUGAGGGAGAGAGAGAGAGAAAGAGACAGACAGAAAGAGGAGGGGAGGAGGAGGAUUCAGGGAAUAGGAGCUGGGGAACCCAUCCGCGCCACAGGAUAAAUUCCAGAAGUGGAUUUACUGGAUAAAAGGGUAAUUAAAGUCCUCUGGUAGAUGUUUUUCCAACAGUCGAGGGAGAAGUCAGUUGGUCUCUAGAUCUUGAUUCCUCUUCAAUUCCUGUUUACCAGUCAAGACUUCUAUUUGGUGAAAUCUGUUGUAUUGAGCUGGUGUCAUCUUUGAACCAUAACAAAAACAUGCAUUUUCAAGUAUCAAACAGAUUUGUGGAUUAGUAAAGUUCUUCUGAAAGGAAGUUCCUUUUGGUGAUACUGUCCAGUUUCUACAAUGUAUCAUUCCUUAUCUGAAACUAGACAUCCUCUGCAGCCGGAAGAACAAGAAGUAGGCAUUGACCCCUUGUCCAGUUAUUCAAACAAGUCUGGAGGAGAUUCAAAUAAAAAUGGAAGAAGAACAAGUUCUACCUUAGACUCUGAGGGGACUUUUAAUUCAUAUAGGAAAGAAUGGGAAGAACUAUUUGUAAACAACAAUUACUUGGCAACAAUAAGGCAGAAAGGGAUUAAUGGGCAGCUGAGAAGCAGCAGGUUCCGCAGUAUUUGCUGGAAGCUGUUUCUUUGUGUUAUUCCUCAAGAUAAAAGUCAAUGGAUAAGUAGAGUUAAAGAGUUAAGAGCAUGGUACAGCAACAUUAAAGAAGUACAUAUCACAAACCCAAGGAAGGCUGUUGGCCAACAAGAUUUGAUGAUCAACAAUCCCCUUUCACAGGAUGAAGGGAGUCUUUGGAAUAAAUUUUUCCAAGACAAAGAACUACGAUCAAUGAUUGAACAAGAUGUCAGAAGAACGUUUCCCGAAAUGCAGUUUUUCCAACAAGAAAAUGUGAGAAAGAUUCUUACAGAUGUUCUUUUCUGUUAUGCUAGAGAAAACGAGCAGUUGCUUUAUAAACAGGGUAUGCACGAGCUAUUAGCCCCCAUAGUUUUCAUCCUUCAUUGUGACCACCAAGCUUUUCUACAUGCCAGUGAGUCUGCACAGCCAAGCGAGGAAAUGAAAACCCUCUUGAACCCCGAGUAUCUGGAACAUGAUGCCUAUGCAAUGUUCUCACAACUGAUGGAAACUGCUGAACCUUGGUUUUCCACUUUUGAGCAUGAUGGUCAAAAGGGGAAAGAAACUCUGAUGCCUCCCAUCCCCUUUGCCCGGCCCCAGGAUUUAGGACCAACAGUUGCUAUUGUUACUAAAGUCAAUCAGAUCCAGGAUCAUCUACUGAAGAAGCAUGAUAUUGAGCUCUAUAUGCACUUGAACAGACUGGAAAUUGCACCACAGAUAUAUGGAUUACGGUGGGUGCGGCUACUGUUUGGCAGAGAGUUCCCUCUGCAGGACCUCCUGGUGGUCUGGGAUGCCUUGUUUGCAGAUGGCCUCAGCCUGAGUUUAGUGGACUAUAUCUUCAUAGCCAUGUUACUCUACAUUCGAGAUGCUUUGAUCUCUAGUAACUACCAGACCUGUCUUGGCCUUCUGAUGCAUUAUCCACUCAUCGGGGAUGUGCACUCACUGAUUCUUAAGGCUCUGUUUCUUAGAGACCCAAAGAAAAAUCCAAGACCAGUGACUUAUCAGUUCCAUCCCAAUCUAGAUUAUUACAAAGCACGGGGAGCAGACCUUAUGAACAAAAGCCGGACCAAUGCCAAAGGUGCUCCCCUGAAUAUAAAUAAAGUUUCUAAUAGCCUGAUUAAUUUUGGAAGAAAGCUGAUUUCCCCAGCAAUGGCCCCAGGCAGUACAGGUGGUCCUGUACCUGGGAGUAACAGUGGCAACUCCUCCUCUGCUGCUUUCCCCACCAGGACCUCAGCAGAAGCCUUGAGGCAUCAUUUGCAACCACAGCAGCAGCAGCAGCAGCAGCGGCUGAUGAAAUCCGAAAGCAUGCCAGUGCAAUUGAACAAAGGCGAUAUAGUUACAGGAAGCGAUGCUCAGGUUUCUGUUCCUGUCCAGACUCUAACUGACCUCCAAGGGCAAAAUUCUAAAAACAUCAGUUCAUCUCCAAGCAUUGAGAGUUUGCCUGGAGGAAGAGAAUUCACUGGCUCCCCACCUUCAUCUGCUACUAAAAAAGAUUCCUUUUUUAGCAACAUCUCCCGGUCCCGCUCACACAGCAAAACUAUGGGCAGGAAAGAAUCU